AUGGACGAAAUUCUGCCUAAUUUAUGGAUCGGAGAUAUACUAUCCACAUACAACAUCUCCAAUCUCCAAAGCAAAAAUAUAUGUACAAUCAUAUCCGUGAAUGAUCAACCUCUACCCCAAUGGCUUCGUACUCGAUAUCUCGAACUUGGUUUCUCUCACACAGACUUUCGAGUACAAGAUGAUGCGCUGGAAGAUAUCCUACAGAUUAUGAAAGAUGCGUGUGAAGUGAUUGAUAAGUCACUUCGCGAAAAUCGGGGUGUGUUAGUUCAUUGCGGUCUGGGAAUUAGUAGAUCUGGAACAGUUGUUUUGGGAUACGUGAUGCGGAAGAGAGCUUUGAAUCGAGAAGAAGCUCUAGCUGUCGUGCGUCAGACGAGAUCGCGGGUACAACCUAAUACCGGGUUUUGGGAGCAAUUAGAUAUAUGGCAUGAUUGUCAUCAUGAUGUGUUUGAGAAUUUCGAUGGGAAGAUUUUGGAAAAGGAAAUCUAUCGAGAGUGGAAAGCGAAGGUUAUGAGAGAGAUGGGUAGCAGAGUGAGUCAUCUUACUCAAUCUCAAUCAUCGGUUGAAGGAUGA